AUGGGGCAAUGGUUUUACGAAAAGAAUCGGACGCUGAUAGUUUGCGUAACGAUGUUUCUUCUGUCAACGAAAGUGAUAUGUCUAGAACGGUGUCCUGAAGAAUGUCAUUGCCUGGAUACCCAUAUAGAUUGUAGUCGUCGAGGUUUAACCGAUAUUCCUUUUUCACUACCGUCAUGGGUGACCACACUAGAACUGCAAGGAAAUUAUAUUGAAAAAAUCUUACCUACUGCUUUCGUUGGAUUGGUCAGUCUUAUCUCUCUGGAUCUCAGCGAGAAUCAGAUCGGUGGUUUUUCACGACUUGUUUUCGCUCAUACUCCUCAGCUUGAAGCGCUCUUGCUUCGGAAGAAUCGAUUAACUUCUAUUCCGCUUGGAAUUGAGUCAUUGGCAAAUUUGCGCAAACUUGAUCUCAAAGCGAAUAACAUUUCGCAAGUUACGACUAUUGAUAUUUCACGGAUCGCGAAGAUUGACGUAGUUGAUUUGAGUCGUAAUGUUUUACGUGAUUUCCCACGUUUACACGUGUUGCAAGUUGCUAACGCAAAAGUCACAAAACUAGAUCUCAGCAAUAAUCUGUUGACAACAUUACGCUCCAAUACAUUUACAUCGCUGCAGUCACUUCGAAUUUUGAGGUUAUCACGCAACAAAAUUGAAACCAUCGAAAAAAAUGCUUUCCAUGGACUGUUUGCACUUCGGUUUUUAGACCUCAGUCGUAACCGUCUCGCAGUUUUGCAUGCACUAACGUUCAGUUCAUUGACGUCUCUUCAAAAUUUGUCACUGGCACGAAAUUUGUUGGGUACACUUGAGGAUGGAACAUUCUGGGGUUUGGAACAACUUCAGAGGUUGAAUGUUGCCGAAAAUCAGUUGAAGGCAGUCACUGGUGGUUGGCUAUAUGGGAUGCACUCGCUUACAGCUCUUGACCUGAGCUCAAACGACGUAGCAUGGAUAGAUUCGUCGGCAUGGUCUCUCUGCUCGACCCUUCAGUGGCUUGAUUUAUCUUCAAAUCGUCUUCGUACACUUCCUUCGUUGCUCUUUAAGAAGCUUUCACGUUUGAAAUAUCUUUCAUUAGCAGACAAUCAAAUCGAUACGAUCCAUCGAAAUGCGAUGCAUGAUUUAGACAAAUUAAAUUAUCUUGAUCUGUCUGGAAAUGGAUUGGCAAUGUGCGUUGAAGAUGAGUCAGUUCUUGCAAAUACCUCAUUACCAACAUUGCGGAUUCUCAAAUUUGCUUCUAAUCGAGUUCGGAUGAUUCCAGCACGUGCCUUUGAGAAUUUUCCAGCAUUACAAAAUCUAGAUUUGACGGACAAUCCUAUUGCUAGCGUGCAAAAUGGUGCUUUUGAGUCUCUACAUUUGAGACGACUUUUCAUCAAUACUUCAUCUCUUGUUUGUGAUUGUGAACUGAAAUGGUUUUCGCGCUGGCUAUUUUUGUCCAAACUGGAUCGCAAAACCGUAACAAUGUUGUGUUCCUACCCGGUAGCAUUGCGUGGUAUUGAUAUUGCUGUGAUUGAUGAUGCAAAUCUGACAUGUGUUGAUGAUUCGCCUCGUCCUCGAUUAUUGAAUCAUCCGAAUGCAUUAGUGAAAGCAUUGUUAGGAAACAGGGUCAAAUUAAAUUGUACUGGCUACGGUGCAGCACCACUGGAUAUCAAAUGGAAAGUUAUUCGUGAUGGACGGUUUCUCCUGUUAUCGCAUGAUUCGACAACCAUUUUCUUUUAUAAUCAUUCAUCAGCCAAAAAUAGCACGGUUACAGGGCUUGCAAUGGAAUAUCUUUUUAGUGAACUGCAACUUAGUGACAUUGAUUUUAGUGAUCAAGCGGAAUAUCAGUGCAUUGUACGGAAUCAUUACGGAUCGGCAUAUUCUUUAAAAAUGAAGUUAAUAGUCCUGCAAAAACCACGAAUUGAAUAUUCACCAUCAAAUAUAUCGAUUGUUCGUGGUGGCAGCGCUAGGUUAAGGUGUGCUGCACAAGGCGUUCCGCCACCAAUCAUUAAAUGGAUGAAAGAUGGUGGUGAUUUAUUUCCAGCUGCUGUGGAAAGACGUUUACAUGUGAAAGCUAAUGAUGAUAAUUUAUAUGUGGUCAAUGUGUCAUUAGCAGAUACGGGUAUUUAUACGUGUCGUGUGAGUAAUGAAGCCGGACAUGUGGAGAGUUCGGCUUACGUUCUUGUUUAUGAUAACAAAGUCUGGCCGCAACUUGAGGAUCGUAAGGUGCAUUACGGAGCGACGGUGAUUUUCAAUUGCUCAAUCAAUGAACAGUUUCGUGUAUCAGUGCAGUGGUUACGUGAUGGUCGUUUAAUUGACCCCAGUACAGCUCCUUCACGUCUAGCCUUCGAAGCUGGCAAUCAAUUGCUGGUGUUAAGUGAAGCACGAGCUUCAGACAGUGGUAUUUAUGGUUGCGAAUUUAAAGUAGGCGAUGAAGUGCUUUCACGAGUGUCCUCGACGUUAGUUGUUGAAAUCGGUGCCGAGGAGGACUGGAAUAAGAGACGUGAAGAUAUUAAUAGGAUUUCGUUUGAUAGAAGCUUGCAAUACUCAAUUGCUAUUUGCGCCGCCACCUUAGUUGUAUUAGCUGCUGGAAUAUGCUCUGUAAUCUUCCUCAUGGGAAAGCGAAAAGAGUCCAGACAGUAUUCUUCUGUAAAGAGUGAUUCGACUACAACAACUAUUGAGAAGCAGCCCACGAGUGAAAGAGAUAAUGGCGUACUGACGGAAACAACUCAAGUUUAUGUAGUUGUUUAA